AUCGAGCCUCGCGCUGCAUGUGAAUAAUCGCUAUAACAACCGAAGAAAUUCAUCUCGGUGCAUUUAUUUUAUAAAAUCCUGUCGAUCAGCGUGUGGGGGCGAUAGUGAUAGCAGCCAGCGUGUAGUAGUAGUGGUAACAGAAUAGUAAGAAAAAAAAAGCAGCGAUACUUAGCGCGCUUUCCAGCUGUGCGAGAAGAUGAGCUACUGCGUUGAAUAAAAUUUAAAAAACUCCAGCGUGGUUGUCACCCGUGUGUUGUGACAGCCAUCUCCGAUGCGUGUCAAUUAUUGUUUCCGAAGCAUAUCGAUGGCGGCACGACUGUGUACAGCGAGAUAAAUAAAUACGAACAGAGGAAGAGGCCUUGAAAGAGAAAGAGAGUGAGAGCUCGAUGGAGGCCUUCAAAGAAGCGGCCUCACGCUGCAGCGCUUCCGGAGAACCCAAUAAACCAGCUAAAAAGUCUUGGUCCGAACUCCGGGGAGUCGUACGAGAUUUUAGACGAAGAUUGUCUGGUGUUUCUGAUGCCUCUGUACCCGACGAUGUUACCUUUAGAUCACUGCCGGAUGGAAGGACGAGAAUUUAUUUUUUGGGGACUCCUAACAACGCUUGGGAAACUACCCUCCUAUAUGUCGACGUAGGUCUCUCCGAUCAUCCCAACGGCUACAGACUCCAUUGGCUUCCUGUCAUCGAAGCUAAUUUCCAAGGCGUGUCCGGCAUCAAUAGGCUGUCUCGAGAAGAGCAAUUAUUGUGGGAGAGAAAAAGACUGACCACAUGGGGUAUUACCAGCUAUGAGAUUCAUCCGGAAAGUGGAAAAAUCGUGUUUCCAGCAGCCAGUAGUCUUUAUCAAUGUGUCGAUACAGGUUAUGCGGCUGGACCUCUGUUUCCGUCGGAAUUGAGAAUUUCGACACCGGGAGCAAAAUUAUGUCCUCAAAUCUGCCCAUGGAACAACGCCCUAAUUGCUUAUACGUGCUCGGGUGACUUGUACCUAUCGCACGGUAUCACCGGAUCGUCAGUACGUUUAACUCACGCUCGAAAAGGUGGCAGAAACCUGUCGGAAGAUCCGCUAACAGCAGGGACCCCGUCAUACGUGAUGCAAGAAGAAUUCAUGAGAUACAUCGGCUAUUGGUGGCAGCCAAAAUCAAACGACGGGGUGUACAGAAUAGUUUAUGAGGAAGUGGACGAGAGUGACGUGAAAAUAUUUUGUUUCCCUUCGGCCUCGAGCUAUCCUUCGACUCUGAACACUGGUGACGUGGAUGAGUUUCGAUUUCCUCGAGCGGGCACGUGCAACGCAAAGAGUAAUCUAAAAAUGGUACAAUUUCGGACGACCGAGGCACAUCGGAUAGUCGACAUAGAGAUAUUAGAGUUGCAAUAUCCUCUCCACACGAUGUUUCCCUGGAUGGAAUAUUUGGUGAGGGUUGGUUGGACGCCGGACGCCCAGUACGUGUGGGUUCAGCUGCUUGACAGGAAACAGCAGAGGCUCGAGUUGGUUCUUUUGUCGAUCGACAACUUUUCGGAACCUCCACCAAAUGUUUACAACUCGGAGAAUCAUUUCACACCGUCCUCAGCGAGUGUCAGAGUUUUGUAUUCUGAGCGAAGCAACAUUUGGAUAAACGUCAAUGAUCUUUUGUACUUUUUACCAUCGGACGACCCAACCCGGAUGAAAUUCAUUUGGGGAAGCGAAGAAACUCAAUUCAUGCAUCUUUAUUUAAUUACAUCGAGCAUAGCUGGAUUAAGCAACGGAGUCGAAGAGCCGCUCGACCGUUUGGACAGCGCCUAUUUGCAACCCCGUGUAAUAUCUAAGAUAGCGAUAACUCAAGGCGACUGGCAAGUUCUACGUCGAAAAUUGUGGGUCGACGAGGCUAAUUCGAUCGUUUAUUUCGCUGGUUUGCGGGAAGGACCUCUCGAGCAGCACGCUUACGCGGUCUCACUCCGUCGACCCUUGGAAAUUCGUCUUUUGACCAGACCAGGAUCCAGUUACAAUAAUAUUUAUUUCAACAAGGACUGUACGAUGAUGGUGACGGUGCACAGCUCGAUCAAAACCUCGCCGUCAUGUCAGGUUUUCAGAAUAACGCAAACCGAUCGAACCGUAGACGGUAUUACGUUAACAGGACUCGGGUAUCUCGUCGAGCCGACGGUCCCAGAAACUGAAUUGUUCGCUCCGAGCAUAUACGCCCACAAAAUAACAUCCGGUGAUACGAUAUACUCAAUGAUCUUCAAACCUCACAAUUUUCAACGUUCCGUCAAGUAUCCAACAGUACUGCAAAUUUAUGGCGGCCCGGAUGUCCAGCUCGUUACAAAUACGUUUAAAGGAAUGAGACACUUCCGAUUUCACAUGCUGGCUGCAGAAGGCUACUGCGUUGUUCUCAUAGACUCAAGGGGCUCGAAAAAUCGAGGUCUUGGCUUCGAGAGUCACAUACGAAAGAAAAUGGGCACCGUCGAAUUGAGCGAUCAGGUCGAAGUGCUUAGAUUAUUAGCUGAAAAAACUGGAUACAUCGAUCUUGACCGAGUCGCCCUUCAUGGAUGGUCCUACGGUGGUUAUCUCAGUCUUAUGGGCAUAAUACAUUAUCCAGAAGUAUUUAAGAUCGCAAUCGCGGGUGCGCCCGUAACCUGUUGGAAUUUGUACGACACCGGAUACACCGAGCGUUACAUGGAUCUUCCACAGGACAAUUAUCCCGGUUACGUAAAUGGCUCGGUGCUAACUUACGUCAACAAGUUUCCGGACGACGUGAAUCGUUUGUUGAUUAUACACGGCCUCAUAGACGAGAACGUUCACUUCUUUCACACUAGCGAAUUGAUAAACGCCCUUAUUAAAACCGGGAAGCCGUACCAACUUCAGGUGUAUCCAACGGAGAGGCAUAGCUUGAGAAAUUUAGAUGCAACCAGACAUUACGAGACGACUCUUCUCUCGUUUCUUCAAAAUAACCUAUGAUGAGAUUUUUACCGUUUAUAAUUAAUAUAUUUAAAACAAUGUUAUCGUUCCUCGCGCGAUUUAACGAAAAACUCCCCACCGUCUCCACCGAGUCGGAUGGGCGCGCACGAGUUUUUUUUAUUCGAGAAAGAAUACUGGAUAUUCUUGAGGUUGCUCGGAGUGGCAAUAUACACGAGGAAGCAAUGACUGUUAGUAGCGGAGAUAUCCUCGAAUCUCUAAUAUUUGGGGAAAAAAUAUUCCGAGCUGUUGCCAAAUGAAUGGGGGCAAUGGUGUUUUCCCGCAAAAAAAUACGUCAGAAAUUUUAGGAGCUCGUCGAAAUACAUUCAAAAUUCACUGGAAGUGCUGAAACAUUUCAAAGUUGAAUUACAUCACACAAUCAGAAAAAGCAGCAACUAUUAUCCUGAAAUUAUUCAGGACGUGAUCCAAAAUUUAAAAUUCUGAGAGAAUCCCGGUUGAGAAAAGUUUUCACUGUGACUAGUGUAACUUUUGUCGGAAUGAUUUAUUUCUAAAUAUUAACGACUCGAGUGAGACUUCUACGUUAAUAGUCAUUGCUUCAUCCAGUAUAAAUAAAACAAUGGUCACCCUUUCUUUCGUUUUGUUUUCUCCCGCCCACGUUUUUCUCUUUCCGAAAUAAGCACAACCACAAUUGAAUUUUCAGUAUGCAUAUGAACUCGAGAGAAUAAGUAUUCUUCCAUUGCAUAGUACGCGCGCUUCUCCGUCUCGUUCGAGAAUAUUUCAAGGGAUAUUUUCACUGCGGUUCGACCCUGUUGUCCUUGUUGUUUCGGUGCUUUAUUCCCGGUUCAUUCAGUUUUCUUUUCUUUUAUUUUGUUGCUAUUACCUACUGCCUUCAUUCACUAAUGUUGGUCCACCAUAUCCAAUUGCCUCAACAACAGUAUUAAACUCGUGAUUAUUGCACCGCUCGCAAGAAUUACGCAAAAGUUGGUAUUAAGGAUAGAUCGACCUACCGAGAGUGACUUGCGAAUAAGAAAAAACAAACGAACGAGAGACAAUUUUUUAAUUCGUAUCAAGAAAGGCAAAUUAAUAGCUACUGUUAUCGAGAUUUUUUCAAGCAAGGUAUACUGUGAUUCAUGUGUGCUUGUUCGUUUGUGUGUGUGUGUGUGCGUACGAGCGAGCGAGAAAAAAAAAAGAAACGCAGAAAGAAAAUCGAUGUGUAGGGUCAAUAUUUCUUUCGUAGGAACGCUCAGAGUCAAGAAUCAGAAUUCGGUAUAAAAAAAAAGUAUAUAAAUAUAUAUAAUAUUUCAUUGUAAAAAAGUAACCGCUCUACAAGCCCCGUGCGCGCUAGUCACUCGGGAAUUUAAAAAAAUAAAUAACGCGUUAGAUUCUUGUUCAAUUCGUUACCAAUUUUUAACGAAAAUCGACAAUACUCACGACACGAUCGAUCCUCGUGCAUAUUUCAACGUGAUUUGUACCCAGAGACGUACGAAUAAUUACUGAAUCAACGGCCAUAAUCAAGGACGAGUGAGCGAAUCACCGUUAUAUAUUUACUCCUCUUCCUUUUCCGCCUCUCACCACCCAUUGCUUUCACUUUCCAUUUUUUAUACAAAACUGAUCUUUUUUUUUUUCUGUACUUAUCGAACGUCAUCUACCGAGAUGCGCUAAGAAUUUCGUUCUCUUGGACGUAAAUAAAUAUAUUUUUUAAUAAAAAUAAAAAUAAAAAAGAGAAGAGAGAAUGAAAAUUGAACAAAAAAAAUGUAAUCCAUGUGGAUAGCGUUGAUACGAAGGAUCAAUGUUCGAGGUGGCUGAUAAUUUUGCAAAUGUUAUUUAGCAGAAGCUUAAUAAGGAGAUAUAAAUGAGUAUUUACAUUUUCUUGAUUGUAUCAACAACCGAGAACAAAAAAACAGUCUCGAAUCAAUUUUGUCAUGAUUGAUCAUCUCAAUAAGUAAAAUUUCACUAUUUUGUA